AUGGUGUCAUUGAGAGUUCAUGGUCAACCCUUGCCUGAAGUUGAUUCCUAUCGGUACUUGGGCGGCGUUCUCCAUUGGGCAGGUUCUCAUGGGCCUCUGCUCGGUGAUUUGCAGUCCCGGCUCCGCUCCAAGACUGGCCAGUUCCUUCACUGGGCUCGGGCCAAGCAGGCUCAUUUGGACCUUCUGUCCAUCACUGGACGGGCUGAGUUGCCGCCGCAGGACAAGCGUCAGCGGCGAGAAAUCACCCUUGCGUGUAUCAUUGUCCAGUUGAGGCAGUGGCUCUGGCCAUACAGAAAGGUGGCCUUGGAGGAGAAUGGCCUGGCCAUUGCAUUUGCCAGUGAAGACUUGCAGGCGGAUCGUGAACUCAUGGAGACGGCCUUGCGCAGAACGGGGGAAGCACUGGAGCUGCUGGAGGCCUUCCAGGCAGAUGAGGAGAUCGUUUUGUGGGCAGUGCAAACCUCCGGAACCUGCUUGCGCUUCGCAGCAGAAGAGCUGCGGAGGGAUCCCGAUCUUUGCCUCGAGGCAGUGCGACAGAAUUGGGAAGCAAUUGAGUAUUGCCACCCUACGCUGUACUCGGACUGGGACUUCAUGAAGCAGGCCAUUGGCUCCAGCUGGCGCUGCUUGUCAUUUGCGCAUCCAGAUCUUUGCAACGACAAGGAGGUGGUGCGAAUAGCACUGAGGCACCUGAAGAGCGAAAGAGCACUGAGGCUCAUCGUUAAACGAAGAAAGCGCACAUGA